CUCUCUGGCGAUAAGAGUCGAAAGAAACUCGGAUACCAUCGCACCUCGGUAGCUUGUGGACAUUGCCGACACAGGAAGAUCAGAUGCGUUCCGCAAGGCAACCGUUGCGAGAGCUGCGCCAGACUGAAGAAGGAAUGCAGCUUCCACUCGGUGGGUGAACUGCCGCAACCGGCGCCCGGGCAGAAACCAAGAAUUCGAUCUUUGGUGGGACCCCAAAAUGAGUCGGCAUCCUCUUCACCAGCGAUCCACCCCGAACACCCGUCUGAUAUGCAACCGAAACAAGCGUACCCGCAGCUGUCCACCGUGUCGCCCAUGCAAAACAUGGGACCUCCGUCGAUGAAGCCCCAGGUGCUUGAUUCGCAUCCUGUGGAUUCCAAAGGGCCGUCAAGCGCAUCAAGCGCCCGGACUUUCGACUAUAGCCACAGCGCUGUCAACUGGAUGGCACCAGAUGGAAAUCCCAGCUCGGCAAGGACGCCUGCAGACAUGAAUCCAUCGUGGCGAUCAUACACACACGAGUCGCCAGUCUCUCAAACCUUCUCCCCAUACACACCUCAUGGCGUUCCACCGGCAGUGCCCUGGCCGAUAGCACCGCUAGGCAACGAGACAGCACGACGACAAGAAGUCGUUUGGUCCGGGUACCCUCCGCCGCCGACGAGGUCCAUGUCCUACGGCAGCGAGCACUCCCAAUCUUACCAUUCAGUCUCCCAGACAGGAACUCAGCCUCUGCCUUUGAGACCAUAUGAAAGCAGGAAGCCCUCCGCCGCUCCAGACGCGUACCCCCCAACCAUCACGACCACCAUCCCGAACAUUGAGAAUGUGCCGGGAACGACCAUGAACCCCCAUGUAUCCCUUUCAACCGGUGCCGCACAGGGUACGACCUGCGGGCACUGGCAGGAUCCUUAUGCCUACUCCAAGUCUGGCGAAGGCUUCGGAGCCUGGUAUGGUGAUGGU